AUGGCAGCAAGCCCAGGCGAAGUCUGGACACUGGCACUGGACUUGGCGCGCGCCAUUCCCGCGCCCAGCGAGAUCAGCUGCUGCACGGUGCUGACGAAGCUCCAGAGUGCUGCUUGCUGGCUUGCAGCCAUGGACAUGCUGCAGGGCAUGCCGCUCCUUAGGAUUCAGCCAGACAUGAUCAGCUGCAGCAGCGCUGCUAGUGUUUACGAGCGAGCUGACCAGUGGCAGAGCACAGUACAUCUUCUGCAGCGACAUUUGCCAGGUGACCAGGUGAUGCUUGGCUGCUGCGCACGUGCGGCGGGCACAGGAGGCCGUUGGCGGCAAGCUUUGCACAUGUCGACGCCAUCACACUCACUACUCGUGCGUACAGCUGUGUUGGGCGCUUGCAGUGAGGCCAGCGUUUGGCGAUCCGCUUACUUGUUGCUCUCCGAUGGGCGCAAGGACGUGGUGGCCUGCAACGUGGGCCUGAAAGCGCUUCGAAGCCACUGGCCGCUGGCGCUGGCCUCCUUCCAGCACAUGGCCUCCGCGAGGAUUCCGGGCGACGAGACCAGCGCCGUGUCGGUGAUGCAGAGCCAGCCGUGGCCCGAAGCGGUGAAAGUUCUCCGGGAAGUGUCGGCGAUUUUGCGGCCAGGAGUCGUUAGCCUGACCUCAGCGCUCAGCACAAUGAGUGCAAAAGACGGCUGGCAAGCUUGGCAGCAGGCGCUGUCCCUGGCUUCCGGGGAAACCACCGCGGCGCUGCGCACGGCGGCCUCCGCAGCCGUGGCUUGGCGCUGGCGCCGCGGCUGGGGCCUGCUGCGAGACCUGCGGCUGCGAGACCUGCGGCCGGACGCGCAGAUGCAUGGAGUUGCGCUGGCUGCGAGUUCCUGGUGGCCGGUGUCCUUGGGCUACCUCGCUUGGAUGAAGCAAGCCGCGGCGUUGCCGGACACCGGCUGCUACAAUGUGCUGCUGAACUCGGGCUGCCGCUGGCAGCAAGUGCUGCAAUUUUUACAAGAGACACCGCAGCCGGACCAGCUGAGCUUGAAUGCUGCCAUGAGCGUGUGCGACUUCGACACCUCGGUGGGGCAUGAGCUCUUGGCAAAGUAUGGGAUUUCCGCCGCGUGGUCGUCCUCGUCUCUUUGGGCAAUGGCGAGGUUGACAGUGCAAGAGCCCGGGGUAAUACACGAUGCUCUUGCACAGGUGGCCUCAUCAGCUACAUCCGCUUCGGACUUGCCGAAGCUGGCAUGGGCAUCCACAAUGCUCGGGGUCAGCGGGGUCAAUGCCUCGCUGGUCGUUCCCCUGCAAGCCUUCAGAAUGGAAGAGUUGCAGCUUCUGGCCUGGGGGUCUGAAGCCUUCGAUCACAACAUCUUGGCCUCGGUGCAAGAGGAGGUGACGACGAGAAUUCGUGGCAUGGGCGACAUGGAUGUGCUUGAUGCACGGUGUCGAAGCUGGAUUGAGGACGUACUUGGCGUUCUUUGGGCCUGCAGCUACGCUGCCUGCCUCAGCCAACGUUUUCGGGAAGGCGCCUGGAAGCUUGCUGUGCAGGCGGGACUUCGCCAGGACAGCUCCGAGGGCUGGUCGCGAUUUGGGGCACAGCGUGGCCAGCUUGCUGCUCCUUGGAUUGCGGCCGAUUUGGGGGACCGGCUGGUGGUGGCGAAGCCGCCCCACUGGGAGGUCCAUGACGGUGGCACUUCAAGACAGCUCUUGUCCUGGCUGCUGGCCUUAGGCUUUCGGCCGCUGGCAGCCAGCUGCGACUGCGGCUUCCUGCACCGACUGGACGUGCCCAGCUCGGGCUUGGUCUUGGUGGCCAGGAGUUAUAGCGCCUACUUUGACCUGCAAGUGCAGCUCAGAACGGGAGAGUUGCUGCGGGACUAUUUGGUCCUUUGCCGGGGCUGGCCACGGAGUCGCCGCGUCACUGCGCGGCUCUUCUGGCGCGACGCUGGUUUGACGCGUGCGGGAGGACAGGGGAAGCCGUCCGAGACUCACCUUGAGACCCUGGUGCUGGCGUGGAAGGAUGGUGCCCUUGCUUUGUUGCAAGUCCGAGUUAUCACUGGCCGAAGGCAUCAGAUCCGCAGCCACUCUGCGCACAUCGGGCACCCCACGGUGCGCGACGGCAAGUACACCUCCAGGGCGACCUUUCAGCGGGACACCGUGCUGUGCCCCAGGAAUUUCCUGCACAGGUGGUCCCUGACCUUCAGCGACGCGGAGGGUGCGGAGCAGAAGGUCACCUGGCCCCUGCCAGCGGACCUUCGAGCGACCCUGACCUCGCUGCCUGCCGAGUGGAAGCGAAGCAGGAUGUUCGGGCUGAUGAAGAAUCAAGAGGGCAUCAACCCUGUAGUGGCAGCUGUCAGUUUGGUGGGCGACCGCGCGGGGGAUCCAAAGCUGGCCACAUGGAUGCUCAGCAAGCUGGCAGGUGCCGGGCUUCCUUCUGCGGCUGCAGAGCUGCUGCGCGUGCUUCGGAGCCGCCUGCUGCAGCCCAAUGUCUUCCACUUCAGCUCGGCACUUUGCUCCGAUAGAGCUUCAAGCCCUGAUGGCCUUUUGUGUGUCUGGGGCUUCAUGGUUGGUCUCUUGUACAAGAUGCAUGCCGCCAAGUUGAUGUGUUGUUAA